CAAGGGAGCUCUUACUGCUGACUGGUUUGUGUGUGUCCUAGGGCGAGCCACGUGAUGGGGUCGCUGUGUAGAGAGCUCCCUCCUGCCCCAGGACCGUUAGCUGAGCGAUAGAGAGGAGGGGAAAGGAGAGGAGAAGAGGAGAGGACAGAGGCAGGCAGAGCACUGCCUGCAUGGGGUAGGCCUGGCCGGUGGCUCCCUCUGCACAGUUGUGGGUCGGGGAGGGGCGGCUGCGCCUGCCUCCCCGCCCCUCCACCAUGCGCCCUCCUCAGCCUGUGGAAUGCAUGUGUCCCAGGGUCGGUCCCCACAGCUCCUGGCUGGGGACGCAUGGAGCGUGCUGAGCCCGGCCACUGCCUGGAGUGUCCCGCUGGCCCUGGCCCGGUCCUGGCCCGAGAGUGUAGCGCCUGGCCUGGCCCCCGCAGGCCCGUGCGAGCCGAGGGCAUGAGGCUUCGGGAGCUAUCCCUGCGCCAGGACCCCGACCUCCGGCAGGAGCUGGCCUCGCUGGCCCGGGGCUGCGACUUUGUGCUGCCAUCCCGCUUCAAGAAGAGACUGAAGGCCUUCCAGCAGGUUCAGACGAAGAAGGAGGGUCCCCUGCCCCCUGCCUCAAGUCAAAGCAUUCCGACCUUCCACUUCCCCCGCGGACGCCCACAGAGCACAUUGAACAUCGCUGCUGUCAUCACCAACAUCGAGCGGACGUUUGCCCAGUUCCCCCACGAGAGGGCCACCAUGGAGAACAUGGGCCUUGUGGCCAAGGCCUGCGGCUGCCCACUGUAUUGGAAGGCACCACUCUUCUGCGGCGCUGGUGGAGAGCGCACGGGCUCUGUGUCUGUUCACAAGUUCGUCGCCAUGUGGAGAAAAAUCCUCCAGAACUGUCAUGACGAUGCAGCCAAAUUCACCCAUCUGCUCAUGAACCCUGGUUGCAACUACCUGGUGCAGGAGGACUUCGUCCCCUUCCUGCAGGAUGUGGUGAACACCCACCCAGGCCUGUCCUUCCUGAAGGAGGCGUCCGAGUUCCACUCUCGCUAUAUCACCACGGUCAUCCAGAGGAUCUUCUACACCGUCAACAGGUCCUGGUCAGGGAGAAUCACCUGUGCUGAGCUCCGGAGGAGCAGUUUCCUACAGAAUGUGGCGCUCCUGGAAGAGGAAGCGGACAUCAACCAGCUGACCGAGUACUUCUCCUACGAGCACUUCUACGUCAUCUACUGCAAGUUUUGGGAGCUGGACACGGACCACGACCUGUUUAUUGAUGCACAGGACUUGGCCCGACACAACGACCAUGCCAUCUCCUCCAGGAUGGUCGACAGGAUCUUCUCUGGAGCAGUGACCCGAGGUAGAAAAGUUCAGAAAGAAGGAAAAAUAAGCUACGCUGACUUCGUCUGGUUUCUGAUCUCUGAAGAAGACAAGAAAACUCCAACAAGCAUUGAGUACUGGUUCCGCUGCAUGGACCUGGAUGGGGACGGGGCGCUGUCCAUGUUCGAGCUCGAGUACUUCUAUGAAGAGCAAUGCCGCAGGCUGGACAGCAUGGCCAUUGAGGCUCUGCCCUUCGAGGACUGCCUCUGCCAGAUGCUGGACCUGGUGCAACCGCAAAGUGAAGGGAAGAUCACGCUGAGUGACCUGAAGCACUGUAGACUCGCCCACGUCUUCUUCGACACCUUCUUCAACGUUGAGAAGUACCUGGAUCACGAGCAGAGAGAGCAGGGCUCCCUGUUCAGGGAGAGUGACAGUGAUGGCCCAGAGCUCUCGGACUGGGAGAAGUAUGCCGCUGAGGAAUACGACAUCCUGGUGGCCGAGGAGGCUGCGGGGGAGCCGUGGGAGGAUGGGUAUGAGGCUGACCUCAGCCCUGUGGAGCAGAAGUUGAGCACACUGCGGUCUCCGCUGGCCCAGAGGCCCUGCCUGGAGGCACCAGCAGCUCUGGGUGCCGUUGACCUGUACGAGCUUGCAUGUGGGGACGAUGACCUGCAGGCACUGUGACACGCACACUAUGGCCUCUGCAAAAACAAAGCUGUUUUAUUGUUGAACUGCCCUUUGUGGACAUGUUCAUGUGAAACAUGUUCAUCUGCAAUGAUAAAUUAUUUAUUCACGGAAGCAUGGCACGUGUUCAUUGAAGAUGCACGUUGCCACCUGCCAGUGGGACAGGAGCCCCCAUGGAAGCUGUGGCCUCACCCACAUGCAAGCAUCAUCCUUGGAAUGGCCAGGGACUGGCACCCUCGGGACAGGGUCCGUGCUGCCCACACUGGGUCCCACCCUCAGGUGGACACAAGUCCCCAGGGCCUGCAGAGCAGGGUAGGUCCUCCACAGCAGUUCUGUUUCUUGAAUGUUUUCAUGUGAAGGUGACUGACAUGCUGUGUGGAACAGUUUUAAAGCAUUUUAUGUGAACAUGUUUGUAUUUUUGAAUAAAAAAAUUUUCAGUCAUGGGCUCUGUUCCUGCAGCCACAGCCUGGGGGAGAGGAGUAAAGUCACCAUGCUAUGUACACUUGGGGCCAUUUACAGGGCUGUCACCAUGAGCACUGCCACCCACAGGAACCGUGGCCACACUGUCCUGGGAGGGCCACGUACCUCUGCCAAGCCCUCACCGGACCCAGCUGCUCCCUCCAUAGUCCCCAUGGGAAUGUGGCAGGGUCACAGUGAUGAUGUCCCAGAGUCAAGGCCCAUCCCUUCUGAAGGACAGGCCCCUGUGGGGAAUGGUCCAGCUACCAACACAGUGAAACACGUGACCCCUAGGCAAGGCACAGGUCUUUGUCCUCACCCUUUGAGGCCUCUGUCUCCAACCAUCUGGCCACAGGUGGCCAUGUGGCAUGAACAUAGGGCCUGUCACCUCCACAGCCACCUGUCAGAGCCCACUGGCUCCACCCAACCACAGGCACUGCCAAUCAUGAGCCAGGAUGUGGCUGCGAAAGAGGGAUGUGUGGCCUCUAUCAUGGGCUAUGGAUGCCUCACCCACACUUGUGUUGGACAGGACAGGCAGAUACCUGGUGGAUGUGGACAACACCUCCCAAGGCAAGGCAGCUCCUGCUGAGAUCUGCCUGGAACCUGACCUGGUGCCCACCUAGCAUCCUCUCUCACACAUGGCCCUGCUGGGGCACAUAGGCAGGAGAGUCCGGCCUCAGCUGCUCCAGGAAAAUGGUGCUGGGGGCAGUCCCUGUAAGACAGAGCCUGCAGGUGUUGGGAAGGGGCUCCUCCUGGCUGGGCCCUGGGGAUGGGACUGCUUAGCUCCUAUCACUUCUGGUCAGGACCUGUAGCUGUGUCAGCCACAGGAGAAGCUGCCACCUCAAGUGGACAAGGCCAGGGGGUUAAGCAGCCCCUCCCUCAUGUCUCCCACAUUCCCCUGCCAUCACUCCAGAGGUGCCCUGGCCCCAACAUGCAGGUGUCUUCACUGAAGGAGUCUGGUCCUCUGGAUGUCCACCAUCGAAGAUGUCACUGAGAGGGAGCCCAAGACCCCUCCCCACCCCUGCCACACCUGCACCCACAGCUCCAUCCAGGGCCUGUCCCUCCCCCUGAAGCUCACCUGCCAGGUAUGCCUAGCCACCCAGACCAUGGCAGGGUAUCAUCCUUCAAGGGUCCCUGCCUGCAGCCCCACAGCCCAGGCAGGGCCCCCAAACCUACAUGUCCCCACAUACACCAGCUUGCCUGGUGCUAGUGGGGUAGUCCAGGUCCAAGUCA